CAUGCCUCCUAAAUUAAACAAGAAAGAACAGCGAAUAGAAAGAAAGGCAAAAAAGGCAGAAGCACAGCUUAAUAUAAUGAAUAUUAAUAAAAAUGAUAAGAAACAUAAGAUAUCAUUUUCAUCUGAUGAUGAAGCACCUCAUAAAAAGAAGAAAAACGACUAUACUCUUGAUAAUUGCCAAGACAUAAAAAUAGAAGAAUCACAGUCAGAAAAACUGGCCAGAUUACGAGCAGAAAUACGUGAAAGGCAGAAACUGUCAAUGACUAAACCAAAAAUCUUUUUGCAAGUACCAGAAGUUAAUCCCUAUGCUUCCAGCAUAACAGACAUUUCUUCAACAACUCCAGAACAUCUAAGGUGGAGUGAAGAAGAAGAGAGAAAUAGUUCACCCCUUUUCGUCACAGAUAUUCAACAUGCUGUUUCUUAUGCAAUUCAAGGAAAUAAAACUAGCUUUCAACCCAGGUGGUGUAAAUUUUUAAGAUGGACAAAGAUAUCCAAAGUUACAGUUGUAAACGUUGAGAAAGUUGGCAUUAAAGAAUAUAGAACUAGUCCAUCACUUAAAUUCCUUAAGGAAUUUCCUAUGACUGCAGAAUUCGCGACUCCUUAUCAGUAUGAUAAAUCAGUCGAAGAAGAGCUCUUUCGAGUUGCAUACAGUAGAACAAGUCUUCAGAAGGCAAAAGAUCUUGAUCUAACAGCCAAUGAAUUAUCACAGAAAAUUCAUAAAAAAACAAGUAUAAAGAUUAAAAUCGAGAAUAAUAAAGCAAAAUUAAAGGAAAAUGGUCAAUUUUCGAGAUUGGACCUAUUACUUUCUCCCGAACAACUAGUCUCGGAAGGAUAUCCUUUGCCCUAUUUUAAGAGUAAGCUUACACCUAAGAGUGUUAUGGAGAAUUUAUUAGUCUACAUGAAUUUUCAUUAUAAUUUAGCUGUCAAGACAAGGAAUUUUGUGCAAUCGAAGGAUGAUUACAAGCCAGUGACAGAAAACUCUCCCAUGUUUGCAGUCGAUUGUGAAAUGGUUCAUUCAGUAAGAAGACAAAAUGAAUUAGCCCGUAUAUCAGUUGUUAACGAAGAUCUUGAAUGUAUAUAUGAAACCUUAGUUAAGCCACCAACGAAAGUUCUCAAUUUCUUAACACCAUACAGUGGAAUUACACCUAAACAUCUUUUUAACGUGGAAACUACGCUGGAAGAUGUCCAAAAACAUCUAAGGAAUAUUCUACCAGCUGAUGCUAUCUGGUGUGGUCAAUCUUUAGUUUCCGAUUUAUUUGCUUUGCAAAUGUAUCAUCCAUAUGUUAUCGAUACGAGUUGUAUCUUUAAUUUAACUGGAGAUAGACGAAUGAAAUCCGGUCUUAAACGAUUGGCUGCUACUUUCCUUAACAAAACUAUUCAAGACCAAUCAGAAGGUCAUCAUCCUACUGAAGAUGCAGAAACUACUAUGGAAUUAGUUAAACUAAAAUUAAAGGAGGGUUUAAAUUUUGGUGAUGUUCUUAGAAUGAGAGAGGAUAUGGUAGCCGAGAACGCUUUGGUUCGGGAAAAGUCAAAUGGGUGCAUAAAAAAUGCAUUUUUUCAGUUGCCAGGGGUUUCUCUCUACGAAAGUUUCUUUUCUUUAUUUAAGGACAUGCAAAAAACCGCCAAGUUAUAUGAACGACAAAGCAAGGAAAGUCUAAUGAAGCAAUUGAAAGCCAAUUUAGAUAAUUGCGAAUUGGAAUUUUUUCCAUCGGAUAAGGUGGCUGUCAAGUCCUUUAUUUCGGAAGCUAAUAAAGAUGACUUUUCAUGGAUUCGGUUACAAUCUUAUGGAAAUCUUACUGAAGGCGAAAAGAUUAAUGAUAAUGAAAAAGAGUAUCUUUUGAAGAAGACCGAUGACAGAAUCCGAAAAAUCAUUAAAAGCGUCCCAGACAAGAGUUUACUUGUUGUCCUUCUAAAUGGAAACGUUGAUAACGACAUAAAUAAUGGCUUAUGUUUACUGAAAAUUAUUGACAGGCAGGUCUCGAAAUAA